ACAGGUGGUUGACGAAGGAGGGGCGAGCAAGACAUCAUUAGCACCACGGACUUUAUAUUACAUGUGGCAGCACAGUGCUGAAUGAUGGUCAGAUGACUGCUUCAGUUGCUGUCUGUCAGCGGAGGAUAUAUAUAUAUAACACACAGGUGGUGGGCCCGAUUUUCUAUAGACGUAGAAACGUCAUUAGGUGAAACAAUUGUUUUCCAUGGUAACGCGAAAGAAGGAAUCAGAGAUCGUUGUCGCUGUUACUACCUUAUUAUUCUUUCCUGUUAGUGAUUGUUUCCCGUCCAGCGAUUGUCUUCUACUGAAAGUUUUUUUGAGAGUUCCUCUAGAUCGGUAUGUGGCUCCAGUCAUCGCCAUGGUCCAAGGCUGUGAACUCGUCACUGCUGUGUCUGGUGUCCAUGGCAACGUUGCAGUCAUCAAUUGUCGGCGUCAACGGCGUCUUUGUUUUCAACGUGAGCGACCUCACCCACCGAACUCUUCCCGCCUUUGAACAGAACUUUCUGAAGAUCACGAACUACGCUCUCCAGAAAGAAAACACGGCCUACCUGUUCACAAGAAUCGCUUUGUCGAGCGCUGGCGUUGGGAAGGAGAAAGGGGUUGGAGGAAUAGAAAGGUUUAAAGACAUGCUGAAAGGCCUCGUGUCUGCAGUUGACGAAAGGGUGCAUCAGAAAUUCUACCAUACCUGUUACUUUCCCCAGAUAUUCAGGGGUCUUGCAAGCCCUCCAAGGCCUGAAAAGAGAAUUUGAAAAAAAUAUCCACAACGCAACGGACCACUCUCCGCCGAGACUUCAGUACAAGUGCUGCGAUGGACCUCCACCCAUUUACAGGUAUCAAGGGAGGUAUCGGGAGGAGGUGAACAUUAGCAGGGAGUGCUGGGGACAGACUCCAGAAACUGCAAGUCAAGUCUUUCGGCUCAGGGCAGACGGCGCUUUCCAUCUCAUGAAGAAAAAUUAUGAAAACAACACAGCCUUGCUUUGGCAGUACGUGGCUUCCCUUGAUGGCCACUUUGUCCAAUUCCCUAGCAAGAACCGUCACUGCGACCAUAACGGCAACUCUGUCAGCCCCUUGACGAUGCGAUGGAUGAUGGAGAAAGUGCUGCAGCAGCGACUCAACCUCGUUCUGCUGCUGGAUGCAGGAAACCACAUGUUGCACACCGCCGUCAGCAGCAGCGAUCAAGCUCCAGUCCAGCACUGGUUGAUGGCGAAGGAGGCUGCGAAAAGGGUGGUCAACGAACUGGUGGCGAUGGACAGGGUCAGUGUCAUCGUCUUGACCAACCAGUCUGUGUUCACUCCCCCUGGAUGCAGGUGAUCGGCUCCUCGCGGCAACGAAACGAAACGCACAGGUGAUGUGGACAUUUCUGGACAACACCGUGCCGAAAGGAGCGAGCAAUUUUUCCAAAGGACUUGAGGUGGCCUACAAUCUAUUUAGAACCACGAUUAGGGAGCAGAACAGGACAGACGCUAAGAAUGUCAUUAUUCUGAUGACUAAUGGAAUGAUGUCAAACGUAGAACAAACGACCAUUUUGGAUGUCGUUGACAAAGGCAAGAAGAGUAUGGAUCGCAGUGUUUUUCAUCUCGUCCACGUCAUCAAACCGCUCGCCGGCUUCACUCGUUACGAUGUGACGGUGUUCCGCCAGCUUGUCGAGCGCAGCAACUGGACCAGCGCCAGGACUAGUUGGCAGAGCUCACAUCGUCGUCCCGUGGAAUUUGCGUGGUGGCUCAAAGAGAUUCCGGAUAAUGUAGGGUUUGGGUUCGCUGACAAAGUCGCCAAAUUUUACACCGUUUUCCCCCCAGAAGACAUUUUCAGUAGCCUUGACCGCAUUCUCGCAGUUCUCCUUACAUGGAUCAAAACACAGGUCUCAUCUUAACAUACGCCGUGCAAGUCUUCAACGACACGUUGCCCAAGCUCUACGGAGUCGCAGCUGUCGAGGCGUCUAUGGCGUCCAUGUUCAGUGACGUCACAUCCUUUCAGUGGGGGGUGCACAGCUACAGCUUUCUGGUGGAGCGAGAUCGAGGCUUGGUGCUUGUGCACCCCAAACUGGACAUCCCUUCUCACAAGACGGCCACCGACCCUGUCUUCACCACCAUGGACUUUCUGGAACCUUCCUUCACCCCGGAGCAACGAGCUGCCAUUCUGGCGGCGAAUUCGUCUGUCAUGACAUUUGACACGAAGGUGGCUCCUGGACGGUCAACGUACAAAAGCGGCCUUGACCUGAGCUCCGCGGAGCGCAUCCCAGCCACUAUCCUCUUCACCCGGCUCAUCCCCUCUGAUUACGUGAUUGUUCUCGCCAUAUUCGAGAACGAGAAGUCGCUGCUAGAGCCAGAUUCUGACGACAUGCACCUGGGGGCUCUGUCGGAUAUCUUCAUAUACCACAAUCACCUGUUCGUCAAUGACACGGCUGCUGACCUGUGUGUCACUGUCGACGACAUCCGGUAUCGCAACAAAGUCACGGUCAAGUUUGCCCCGAGCGUGUUCACAGAACCUGAGUUGUACAAGUACAGUCGGGAGACACACCAGGAUGUCACAGCCAUGACAGACUUCCUUUCUGAAGACGGCUAUGUCCCACCGAAAGUCAGGAAAAACCUACUGGGCAUCAUCAUCGAAGAUCUUCUUGUGGUGAACAGCAUAAGUCUAGCCCACACCUGGCUCACCUUCAACCAUGACAUCACAGAAAGGUUUAUGGCUACUCCACACGGACUCUACAUAUCCUUUCCCGGUGUGUCACUCCCAAACGCAUUUGACGCUACUGAAUAUGGCUGGUACAAGAAAAGCAUGGCGUGGAAGAACAUGAUUGUUGUCACAUUUCGAAGAUCUUUGACGACAGCUGAAAAAUCCAUCAGCAUCAGCACAGCUUUAACAACAAACACCAGUGCCCGGAUGUAUGGCGUGACCGGUGUAGGAUUUCCCAGGCGAGCGUUCGCAGCUUUAUUCUUCAACUCGAUUGGAACCAGCACCAUGGGACAGUACUCAUACCACCUCUUGACGGACGAUGGGUAUCUUUGGAUGUUCUGAAGGAAGAUGUUACAGUCUUUCCUUCAGCUGAGCGACACAUAACACUUGUCUACCCCUGGCUUGCCAUCAGACUUCAGCAGAGCAACAUUCUGAAGGUUUGUCGCCAUGUCUACACUCUCAGUGUCACGUACUUUGCACCUGAUAAAUCUUAAGUUUGUUGCGCUGUUCGGUUGACAUCAGUUGUCUACGCGAGAGACAGCUUGAUGACUAUGAAGACAACGACGACUAAAUGAUAGCAUGAUGAUGACAUCGACAAUGACGAAGAUGUUAUGAUUGCGACGACGAUUUCUUUCUGUGUAGACCUCGUGGUGUACCGCGCUGUCCAAAGGACGCCACACGCUGACUUACCUGCUGCACAUAUCGAACGGAAGUUACGUCACACAUGACGUUACUGAACGAGAUGCUUGCCGGAUGUUCGUGUUAAAGCACAUUAAUGGUUCGAACCUGCUGGCCUUGGUGCUGGCAGACCGCAGGUGGCAAGGUUGCAGCGAGUGGAGCCCCAGCAGACGUGAAUAACAACACUGUAAGGACAGUGUCACGUGAGC